CAAAAAUUAACGAUGGCAAUUAUCUUAGCUUUAAUGCCUCGGACAUCCUUUCCAGAUUAGAAGGAAAAAAACAGAGAACUACACAUAAUAAUGGCUUAUUGUCUCAUCCCCGACUUCCCCACUGUCAUGAUUGCCCUCGAGCACUUAAAGGACCUGGACAAGCAGUUGAGCGAGGACGGAGUCAGCUUUGCACCUGAAGCCAGCAUCCAUCUGACGGAGAUAACGGCUGCUAUCACAACAGUGGAGACGGAAAGGCGCACCAGUCAUGAACACUUGGAAGUGGAAACCAUAGAAAACAGCAAGUUGAGACACCAAAUUAACAACCUACUCAAACGUAUAAGCGAGGGCAUAAUGGCUGAUGUAGCAGCAGUCCGGGCAUCUAAUGCUGAGGAGAUGGAUAAUUUGCGCAAAGACCUCAGCACAGCGUAUCAGCUCCAGGAAGAGACUAUGAAGAGGUUGCAGACACUUUUGAGCCAAAACAAAAUACUUCAACCAGAAAGGGAACAGGUGCAGGCUGAGAAAGAUGCCAUUGUUGCCACUUUGAAUGAUCAACUCAUCCUUAAAUAUAACUUGAAGAUGCAGCUGGAUCAAACACAGGAGAUGAUAGAGGAGCUGAAAUCCGCCAUUGUUGCUGUCGAGCAGAAACAGGUAGCUCUGCAGCAAAACAGGAUACUGGAGAGGGAAGCUUUCCCUGAGAAAAAAGACACUCUGUCCAGAGAGAUGGAUCAGACUGGGGAGGAAAUUAAUCAGCAGAAGCAAGCUAUAACAAGGAGGAGACAAGAGUUGGAGAGAGUUAACAUGAGGAGAGAAAAAACUCUCAGCCAUCUUGAUGAGCUUAACAUUCACAUGGGCAAGCUGGAAAGCAGCGUGCAAAAACGGAUGGCAUCACGGUGCCAUUGUGAACAGCAGCUAGAGGAGGAAAUCCAAAAGCAUCAAGAACUUAAACAGAGAGAAACACUGAGAAAGGAGUUGCAUGAGUUAAGGGAGACUUUCAACCAUCUAGUCCAAAAUCUUCAAAACGAAAUUGCCAAAGUGGAUGACAAAAAAGAAAAGGGGCAAGAAUCAAGGCUACUUAUUCAGGGAAUCUUAGCUGGAGUCCAAAAAGUAUUCAAGCAUCACCAAGAUGAAGAAAAUAAUGUAAGGGCUGAGUAUCUCCAUGUCUCACAGCAGCUAGAGCGGUCCAAGCUGCAGCUGGAGGAGCGCAUUGCUGGCAUAGUCAAACACAGCAAGGGCACAAAAGAGAUGGAAAAGGAGAUCAAAGAGCUCCAGGAAGCAGAUGCAAUCAACAGGCUUGUGUUUAAAAGGAAUCAGGAAGAAUUGUGCAUCGACAUGAAUGCAGAGAAGAAGAAUAUUAGUCAAUCUGAGGAGGAAAAGAGGCAACUUUGUCAGCUCCUGGAGGAGGCAGCGCAGAGGCAGAAGGAGCAUGUGGCCAAAAUGACACUUGACAUCAGCAAAAUCAGAAGUAGAUAUGAAGAGCUGCUUGAAGAAGAGGCUGCGCUCCACCAGCGCCAUCCUGAGAGCUCAGAUGUUGACAUGCUGAUGAGCCAUGUGACCCAAUCUGAGGUUGAAUACAGACAAAUAGAGAGCAUCCACAGGCAGGAGAUGCAGCAGUGCGUCGCAGAAGCUGAGAGUAUCAGCCAGAUCACCCAGGAGAAGCAGAGAGCCCUGCAAGUGAAGGAAGAGAUGUUGAAAGAGGUGGAGGUUAAGUUCAAUGAGGAGCAAAGUAGGCUUGAGAGACUUGAUGCACACAGAUUUGAACUGAACAGUAAGAGGUCUGAGCUCAGUCUGUCAAUUCAGGGGAAGAAAGAGCAAAUCAGCUCACUGCUUCAGCCCAAAGAGGACAUGAAAACUCAGCUGGAAAACCUGCAAAGCUAUUACAUUGACAUGCUGGACAACCAGGUCUUAGAGCUCAGAGCUCUAGAGGUGGGCAUCUAUAACAACAGUGUGAAACUGGAGGAGGUCAACAUGGAGAACAGCCGGCUGCAUCUCCGUAUUAAACAGAUGAUGGAGGACAUUAGCACAACCACACAGCAAAAGGAAAGAAACCAGAAGGACAUUCAGCAACUCAGCCACAACAUAAAGGUAUUAUUGGAGAGUUUACAGGAAGCCUGGAGACAGGAUCUGUUAGUAACCCAGGACUGUCAGAGCAGAGAUGGUGCCCUUUUGGCAUUGAUGAGUUCGUUGCUGAAUCUUCAUAAGACCAGGAAACAGCAGUUGGCGAACGUCAGCACACUCCUACACCAGCAAAUGCUGGAUUUCAGCAGAUGGCUGGGAGAUGAGGCAACGUUGGAACAGCACAACUUGCAAUAUUCAGAGUGCAUGGUCACAUCUGAGGAAGCAAGUCAGCUUUGUAACUGAGAUAACGUGUACAUUAAAUAUUAAGUGUUGUUAUUAGCUAGAAUUAAAAGACUUGAUGCAACACAAAGAUAGUUCUCUGCUCAGUUAUCAUCCCUGCAACAUUACUGGACUCAGACAGUUUAAAGAAAGUCUAAAUGGAAGAACCAGAGAGAAAUAAAUUAUUCUUCAUAUUCUAAAUGGAGAUUUGGGCAUGUUGUUCUUUUAGCUGCAAACAUUUCAACUUUUCAACUUAGAUGAUUUCUUUGAUCACUUGAUGUGUUAAACUGUCUUUAGUGGAGACUCCUGCAAGAAGUAGAAAGUAUAUAUUUUAAGAGCUUUGACCGUGACUUUUUAUUUGGUGGCUAGAAACAUAAAAAUACACCAUUUAUCAUAAAUUACCAAGUCUGCCCUCGUGUAUAACAUUUUUGACUGUCAAGGUUUUGUUCCCACUGACUUGUGCUUAAAAACAACAGAUCAUAACAGA